AAGCUUCCUCAUAUAUUCCUCCUCUUCAUCUUCUUCUUCCUUGUGGUUGUGAUUCCGACAAAUCGAAAAAUGGCGAGGCAGGGGGCAGAGUCCGAGAAGAAGCUGAUAUACGCGAUGGUGGCGCAGGGGACAGCAGUGCUGGCGGAGCAGACAUCGUAUGAGGGCAACUUCCGGGACAUCGUGGCGCAGUGCCUGCAGAGGCUCACCUUCGCCCGCGACGAACGAUUCACCUACGCCUGUGAUGAGCACACCUUCACCUUCCUCAUCCACCAGGGCUACGCAUACUGCGUGGUCGCGGCAGAGGCCGCGGGGCAUGAGAUCCCUCUGGUCUUCUUGGAGAUGAUCAAGGAUGAUUUCAACAAGAGAUACGCCGGAGGGAAAGCGGCUACGGCUGCGGCUAAUAGCUUGAGCAGGGAUUUCGGGCCAAAGCUUAAGGAGCAGAUGCAGUACUGCAUGGAUCACCCCCAGGAGCUGAGCAGGCUCUCCAAAGUCAAAGCCCAGGUCUCCGAGGUCAAAGGCAUCAUGAUAAAGAACAUCGACGAUACAAUUCAGCGCGGGGUACAGAUAGAUGAUCUCGCGACGAGCGCAGAGCUGCUCCACGAGCAGGCCAACGAUUUCAGGCAGGAGGGCACGCGGAUAAGGCGCAAGAUGUGGUUCGAGAACAUGAAGGUCAAGCUCAUCGUCCUCGGCAUCGUAGCCGCCCUCAUCCUCAUCAUCGUCCUCUCCAUUUGUGUUGGCCACAAAUGCAAUUAGUUAAUUAGUCACACGUUCUAAGAAAACAAGUUUGGAUUUAUUCUUUGCUACACGGAUAGGAGAGUUACAUCGACGUUGAUAUGAGGGUUUUGGCUAUGGAAUCUCAUUUGAAUAGGGAAUGGUACGUACGGUUUUCUCCACUCAUAACUACCGUUGAAACCAUGGGAAAUGCAAAUCUGAUCUCAGGUGCAUAUGCUCCCUUUAUCUAAAAAUAGGUUUCAAAUUGAUAAAAAAAUCAGAGAAA